UAUUAAUUCAAGCAAGAGAGCAUUCGCACCCCUACCUAGGUAGGUAAGGUAGCUGGGAGUGACACAGAAGGAACCUAAGGAACAACCAUCAGCGCAAUGCUUCCAUGAUCCAUCCACUUCAGAUGAGUGAUACACUACGGGGGAUAUCCCCGCUCUUCCUUGCCAUGUUGGAUCCCGUCAUGAUAGCACUCCGUCGCGUCCGACGAUCCUCUUCUUCCUCCCGUCCUUAGCUUUUAGCUAUCUCUACCUCUAGUCAUAUUCAUCACCAUCAUUGAGUACUUGUAGCCAUCUACGCAGCGUUUCCGUGCAUCAAUGCUCAAGAUGGACGGUUGUUCUUCUUUUUCUUCUUUUCUACUUUCUUUCUUUCAUUCAUUCAUUCAUUCAUAUAAAAUUGUCCUCCACACGGGUGGGGGGUGUCAACACAUGCAAUACGAUACGAUACGAUACGAUACGUUAGAGCCGCGAAUUCCACCCACCCGCUGCUCUAUCUUCGUUUCUCUCUCAGUACACCGAGAUCUUUUUGAGAACUGAACCAUUUUGAAUAUGCUAUGACAUGACAUGACAUGACAUGAUAGGUAACCGACCGACCCCCCUUCUUCUUCCAUCUCAG